GAUACAUAUUUUUCUCUUUUUCAUCUCCUUUAAUUAUAAGAUGGCUCAUUAGUAUCGUGUUCCUACCAUCCAAACUUUGCACAUGUGAUAAAUAUGUAUACUAGUAUUAUUAAUGGAUGAAUGAUAUUUAUAACAAAUUAGUUAAUAACAGGCUGAAAAUUAAAUGAGUAACAAUGUAUUAAUUAUUAUAAAUGAAAUAAAUUAUUGGAUAUAAAAGGAAUUUGAUAAAAAUUUUGCAAAGCAGAAAUUCUUAAUCUUCAUAUAAAAGAAUUAAACACGAUAUACGUAUGUAUGCAAGUAUACUACGUACAUAUACUGAAAUUCAUUUUGAGAACAAAGAUAGUAGAUUAAGAGAAAAUCAGAAGGAAAAGCGAGAUAGAAAAUUUGUAUGUGCCAACGACAACAAUAAACGAAGAGUAGUGCAACACCGUGGUAGAAAUAGAAAUAGGAAUAGAAGAAGAUACAAUAUUACGUCAACACGCUUAAUGAAUAAUUAGAGAGAAAAGAAGCGCUCGUGUGUGUACUUUACGUUUUACAAACAAAUCUUAAUGAUAUUCAGUAACAUUAAGUAUUCAUCCAGUAAGAUAGUGGAAUCUUCGUUGGCGACGUGUGCAGCACAAAAGGAGAAAUAAUAACCGAUAGAAGGAUGAUAAGGUUAUACCAGUGUAUGUUUUAUGAAAUUUGACAUAAAUUUGGCGUAUUAGUAAUACAAAAGUUGUGAUUGGAACGCAGAGAAAAGAGAAGGGAAGGAGAGAAAGUAAGAAAAAAGAAGAGAGUAAGAAAAUAUUAUCAAUUUUGAUCGUUAUGCCGUGGAAUCAUAAAAAUGUGAUGUUCGCGAGGGUCGGUUCUGCCCUAUUUUACGGGUUAUCUUCAUUUAUGAUCACAGUUGUAAAUAAGACAGUGCUGACGUCAUUCGAAUUUCCAUCGUUUCAAAUGCUUGGCAUAGGACAAAUGUUGGCUACGAUCAUGUUACUUUUCGCAGCAAAGAAGUUGCGCUACGUUGAAUUUCCUAACCUAGAAGUAACAACGUGUGUCAAGAUAUGGCCAUUACCGAUCAUUUACAUCGUUUCAGGCUGGCCACUUCGAAGAUUAUUCAGCAGCACUGGCUGCUCGUCAUCCUUCACGAUGGAUUACGCGAAACAUCGUGUAUCUCUGUCGCCAGUGCAACGUGCAAUUUUGGCGGCCGGUGCAGCCGCGAUCUCAUUCGUUGAUCCUUUUCGCGGUGACAUGAUCGCAUGCUUGGCAGAAACGACCGGUACCGACGCUCUUUCCUACUGUCAUCAAAAAAUGCUCGCAACCUCCGAGGGAUCUCGCAUUCUUGCCAGGAAACCACGUAUAUCCUCGUCUACGAUUGACUUUUCCGCGCUAAGACGAUUACCACAAGGAACCCUUGGCAGGAUCUAUUGCGAUUUUUUGGACGUUAACAACGUGUCCCCCGAUUCUAGACCUGCGGUCAGAUUCGUUGAAGAUACUGAAUUAGCAUAUGUAAUGCAACGAUAUCGAGAAACACACGAUAUUUAUCAUGCUCUACUUCUAAUGCCAACCACGAUGCUUGGAGAAGUGACGGUCAAGUGGGUAGAAGCGUUACAAUUACGAUUACCAAUGUGUUUCAGCGGAGCGAUAUUUGGAGCGUUUCGGUUGCGUCCAAGGCAAAGGAAAUUAUAUCUCGAGCAUCAUCUGCCUUGGGCCAUCAACACAGGAAUUGGUACAAAAUUUCUGUUGGGUAUCUACUUCGAAGAACGUUGGGAGCAACCCCUUGCCGAUUUUCAUCGAGAAAUAAACAUCACCCCUUUGGUGCCGACAGAAACCAUUAGCAAUGAAAUCUGAAAUUCCUCGUACGCUUUUCCCUCUAACUGUCUACUGUCUUACAUAUAUUAUAACACCAACAAUAGACACAGCUUAUUAGAUAGUGUAUAACAAUUUUUAUUUACCGUAACGUUGGAAAUAUGAAGAAUAUAAUUUUUAAUGGGAUA